AUGGAUUUGUUUGGCAAUAACUUUGAAGAACAAGGAAGCAGUCUGAAUUUUGAAAAUGAAGAAGUAAGAAACAUGAGCAUGGAAUCUGAACGAAUUGCACGAGAAAUAAAUUCAGCGUUUGUGGCACACGACCAUGGUGACGUUGGUGAUCAGAAUGAUGAUGCUGCUGAUGAUGAUGGUGUUCAAGAAGAUGAUAAACUAAAUUAUAAGGAUUAUGCAAAGUAUGGAGUGGUAAUGAUGAGGAUGCUGUUGUUAGCGAUGAUGGCGAAGACUGUGAUGGGUGUUUAUGUUAGUGACUAUGGUACUGAUGACUUGCUAGUUUCCUACGAUGUCGUCUCACUGUUUACGAAUGUCCCUCUUGAUGACACUAUUCACAUCAUUGCUGAAAAGGCUUUUGAAAAUAACUGGUUCAAUGAGCAAUAUGGUCUGUCUAUUGAUAAACAAGGUCUUAUAGACCUUCUUACAAUUGCCACAAAAAACCAACUUUUCCAAUAUGAUGGUAACUUGUAUGAACAAGUGGAUGGUGUAGCCAUGGGUUCUCCGCUUGGACCAUUAAUGGCCAACGUAUUUAUGUGUAACAUUGAGGACACCCUUCAAUAUGCUAACAAAAUGCCAGCAUUUUAUCGACGUUAUGUUGACGACACCAUUGUGUUCAUGCCAACCCACGAUUCUGCACAUCAUUUUUUAAACAUCCUGAACGAAUCACACCAUUCGAUCAACUUUACUAUGGAAAUCGCCUCCAACAACUCAAUCAAUUUUUUAGGAAUGGUUAUUUAUAAAAAUUCAUCAUCUUUGGAAACUAGAGUCUACAAGAAACCUACAAACAAAGGACUACUCUUGCAUUAUGAAAGUCAUGUCGAUAAUAAGUAUAAAAGAAACCUUGUUCUUACUAUGUUGGAUAGAGCAUUUAAAUUAUCUUCAACAAACGAAAUUUUUGAGAAAGAGGCUAAGGAAAUUGAAUUAAUGUUUCUAAGGUUAAAAUAUCCACAAAACUUAAUUAAUAACAUUAUCCGAGAUUUUAUGCAAUCUAAACGUCUGUCUCUUAUACACAUCUAG